UUAUGAGCGUAAAUGACUGACGAGCCCUGGUGGACAAAACAGAUGAAUGCAGCUUUAAACGCAUAAUAUUGUUUUUUUAAGCCUGAAAGUUAAUUAAUGACCCUGGAAGUAGUAGUUUGACAAAAUUAUUUUAAAUUCAGGGUCCACUUACAGUAGGAGCUUUUUCCAGAGCUCCCACCUCGUCUUCAUCAGCAGCGGGAGCUUGCGAUAACUGAGCAAACUCCAUCUGCUGAUGAAUACCAUGAGAUGUGGUUGAAAGCACUGGAGAAGCUUGUAAGUGGGCCUGAUAUAUUUGGUAUUUUUGCAACUUUUGAGCUUUUAACUAGAAUUCAAAACAAGACUAAGAGUCUACAGCCAUGCUAGCAGGUGAGGUGGUGCUUUGAGGUAAAUGCUAACGCUAGCAUGCUGAUGUUUAGCACUAAACACAAAGUACACCUGAGGCUGAUGGGAAUGUCUUUAGUUCUGCAGGUGUUUGGUCAUAAAACAAAGUCUUGAACAAAUUCAGAUUUUGACCUGACGGUGGCGCUAGAUGGAAAGUUAAAUGAUAAAUCAAAACAAUUACAAUUCAUCUUUAGGGGAACAUGAACGUCUGAGCCAAAUUCGUGGCAAUCCAUCCGUAGAGCAACGCUGCUAGCAAGCUACAAAAACCAAAACAAUGGGCCUUUUGUUUACAUAUGACAAGAUAAUGGGAGAGGAUCACGAACACACACACACCUGGCAGGAUUAGAGCGCUGUGGUUGGCUGUACAGUAGGUGUGUGUGUGCAGACACUCGCUUCCAUAGCAACCGUGGUUAUAAACAGUCGCUGCGUGUGUGCGACGUUAGGAAAUCUCUAGUUCCAGUUGAGUAACGUCAGCAAUGGCUGUGAGGAUACAGGUAGAGAGCCAGACUCGCACCUGGUGUCGGGGGUGUGAGUCUGAGUAAUUGUUUCCAUAAACUGUUUAAUGUGCCGUUGAGCAAGGCACUGACCAAACAGAGAAAAGCAAGUUUAUCUCCCUACAGUUUCACACAAAUCUAAUGCUGACCGUUGCCCCAUGAAGGCAAAAGACUAAAUAAAAUAGGGGAAAAGCUGGGGUUAAAUGUCCGCAGGUAGAUAACUGAACCACAACAUUAUGAACAUGACGUGUUUUGGAAACCAUCUUUCCAGGUUUAAUGUUUAAUGCUUCACUAAUCUCACACAAGCUGCUACGAGGUUUAGUAAGAAGGGGAAACUCCAGGUGGAGGAAGUGACGGAGACUCUUUGUCUCUCUCCAUAACAACUGACGUUAAAGCACAAAGCCAGACCUGUCAGACUGACUUCAACUCCAAACAGCAAGGAAAACAACCGACUCCUAUUAAUUCAAUAAAUUUACUCCAUCACAGUCGAUGUACAGCUACAGUCCAAACACUGACACGGAUCUGAAAUUAGGUAUCGUUAAAGAAAGCUAACUAGCUAUAUCUGGACUAAAAAAAAAGUUUCACCACAACGCUUUGCAAAGACGUCUGGCAAAAGGAUAUGUUAGCUAAACAAAUUUGAAACAACUGAACAAGAAGCUGGUUUUGCUAAACCCCUCCCCUGAACAGCAACUGUCCAAUCGUAGCUUAGCAACCGUAACUAGGCAGCAGGCCUGUAAAGCUUUGGAUUUCUAGUCUUACCAAAACCAAAAAAACGCAAGAGCAAAAGUUUAAGGAAUGUAUCAAACGCUGUAAACGUUAGCAUGUCCGGCUAACUAGCUUACUACCUACAGUAGUAACAAAGCAUUACAUCCAAGGCUAAGAAGUCAUCAACUAAAUUUUUUUGUGGGGUUACAGGUAACGUUAAAAAAAAAAAGCCCCAUUCGUGACUAGCACAACGCCCGCUGUGGAUGCUAUCAGAGUUUAGGCUAACGUUAGCGCACACCUGCCAUCUCCCGGGAAACUCCCGUAAUUUGCAUGGCCCUCAAACUUUAUUACUUUAUUACUAUGAAACACAAAAAAAAAAACAACUCCCGCUCUAGCAUCGGUUUGUUAGCAUAAUCAUGUACGUGGCCAUAAAGUGCACAUUUAAGACCCUUUUUUUACAAGAUUCUCGUUUAAAAACAUUAAAAAAGUCAGCUACAGACCGCGUUUUCAACCAAGCUAUAGAGCUAAUGCACGUUAGCUUAAUUAGCUACACCUGAUAAAAUCCGCUAGGACAGCUGUCAUUCCAGCUGGGAAUGAGAAGCUGCUUUUACCUUUUUGUCUGGUAAAUCUUUAACCGUUCAUCAUUGCAAACUGCGCUGUGUCACAACGGAAAGCUUGAGAUGGUUAUGAGAAAGCUGGAAAGUAAUUUGCAGUAAAAAAUAAGUGAACACAGCAUGACACAUCUGUGUUACUGUGAAGCAGGGCGUUGCUGUUGCUCCGUAAACCUUUCCUGAAUGAAUAAAGUUUAAAAAAGCAGCUAGGAUUAACUCUGUUGCAACUCAGAACCACAAACCCUGUCAGAUCUGCUCAGACAAAACUUUACAGUCUAGACACGAACGUUUCUCCUCCCUCUUUUCACUCCCUCUUUUAUCCUCCAUCAUCUUCAGUCAGUCUGUUCAACAUUUUUACUCUCUCUUCGUCGCCUUGAUCUCCUCAUUUCUAAAUUUGCCGUUACUCUCCGUCUGUAGUCAUGUCCUGCAGGUCGACAGCUCUGUCUGUCUUCUUCCUUCUCUUCGGAGUUCAGAGCAUCGACUUGACUCACGCUCUGCCCCUCUCCUCUCUGCCGGGUUUUGAUCUUCCAGAGAUCGAUGGUUCAGCUGUGGACAUCUGCAGGAUUUUCCCCGACGCCACAACCGCCCCACCCACAACAACCACCACCACCACCACCACCACUGCACCCAUCACCACCACCACCACUGCACCCAUCACCACCAGGAAGCAGGUGGUGACCACAACCAAAAAGCCAGCCAUCCAAUCACCACCAAGGAAACCAGAAAUCAAAAAGGCUGGAACACCAAUCAGGCCACAGCCCGCUCCGGCGGGACCAAUCACUGACGGCCUCUCCAACCCUGCUGCCAGACUCCUCUACUACCUCCUGGCCAACAGCAGAGGACACACGCGGCUUCUCUCCCACGGUUUUACAAUUUGAUCUCGGACAGUGACGAGUCAGCUGCAGCGCCGCCGAAAAGAGCGGGAAGGACGGACGCGAAAAGAUGGAAAAUGGGUUCGUUUUCUUCAGAGGACUCGAGUGACGAGUCUUAAAAUGAUACCGUGACUUUGAUCUGUUUGACAUUUUAGCGAUGGGUAAAUGUACUCCGUCAAAAAAUAUCACAUAUCCCAAGAUUACCACGAGAUUUAGCAGCAGGUAAAGGAGUUACGCACGAGCUGUUGUAGCUACCUGCAUCACUGUUGUAAUAUUUUGUAUGUUUGUUGCUAUUAAUUAUAAUUUCAAAGGAAGGUUAGCUUUAUGUAUGUUAGCUUAGCUGCUGCCAUAAACCAACACAACCAAUCUUUAAAAAGCUUCUUUAUUUUUAUGAUGACCAAUUAAAAUAACUGCAGUGAUGUUUGUUCAGCAGUUAUUACAAAUAUUCACUUAUCAAUGACCUGUUUAUGGCUUUAAAGGUGUAACUUUUGAGUAACUGUCAUAAUAGUAAUAAACUUUUCAUACAUUGUCUCUUUAACUAAAGAUGCUCGAAGGUCGUUUUAUUCUCGUACUGUAUUUACAUCAUUAUUUGGUUUAACAUUUGUUUCUUUACUUUAGUAAGAUGUAGCCGCCGCUGACGCUAAAUGAACGGGAUACAUGUCAAUACAAAAAUAUGUUUUUAGCCCUUUUCAGACGGAGGUUUGCUUUACAUUAAUGUUCAUUAUGGAUUAAUCAAAUUGUUUGGUUUGUAAAAAUUCAGAAAAUAGUAAGAAGUGCUCGUCACAACGACCCGGAGCCCAAAGUGACACCUUCACAGUGCUUGUUUUGUCCAAACCUCGACAUUACUGAAAAUAAGUUAAAAAGAAAAGCAGCAAAUCUUCACAUUUGAGAAGCUGGAACCAUGAAAAAUAGUUGGCAAUGGACUAAUUGAUUAUUCGACUAGUAGUUUAAGCUGCACUUGUAUAAACUGUUGGGUAGUUUAAUUUUCUAACAAAUCGUCAUUUUAACUCUUAAUGUGUUUUGUGUGCAGAAAUCUUAAUUUGUAAACUAACUAAAGCUGUCAGAUAAACGUAGUGAAGUAAAAAGUCCAGUGUUUCCCUCUGAGAUGCAGCGGAGACGAGCAGAAAGUGGCAUGAAAACAAAAAAACUCAAGUACAGUACUUGGGUAAAUGCUGCUGAUGGAUUUUAAAACUUUAUUUAAUGACCAGCGUGAGGGACGCUUGCCACGGCUUCUCACAGUAAAACUACUGAAUUCCUCUGCCUGUUUUAUAAAGUCAGACAUGCACAAGCAUUGAAGGAUGUUAAGAUGGGACUCUUGUUUCAUUGGUAUCGAAUGCACGAAUGAAAAUACAGAGAUACGUGUUGUUCCGAUUAUUACUUUUUUGUUAACCUGUUUUGCACCGCGAGGGGAAAAAACACUCUGAUUUUGUGCAGAAGAGAUGAUGACUGAGAUCAGAAAUGUAUCACAGUGAUGUCAGAAGGUGCAGCUUUUAUGGUAAUCUGACGGCAUUCAACUCACA